CCACUUGCAGUCGUUUUGGCUAGCAACGGCUCCUGCCUGCCGAGACGCCGUCAACGCCGUCCGUACUGUUUUUGUUUGGACGUGGAGGGGAGUCGCUCGAGCGGGGCUCGUGUGCAAGCUCCGUCUUGAGCCCACCCUGACAGGACCCAGGAUGCCGGCAGCGCGUUUGCCCUGGCUUCUGGCGUUGGUCGGUGCCGUCGCUGCGGUGGUGCCGUCGCCGCCGACUAUGAUCAAGCAGCCCAAGUAUGAACAGCUCUACCAGGUGUCGGUGUCCCAGGACGAACUGGACAAACCGUUCCUGCUGGAGUGCGAGGCCCAGGGGAACCCCGAGCCGGAGUACAAGUGGACCAAGAACAACAACGAGUUCGACUACGUGUCGUACGACAAGCGCAUCUCGCAGCAGCCCCGCCGGGGCACCCUCAUCUUCACCAAGCCGGACGACGUGGACGAGGGCCUCUACCAGUGCUUUGCCUCCAACCUCCACGGCACCUCCGUGUCCAACUCGGUCUUCCUCCGCAAAUCGGAGCUGAACUCUUUUGCGGAGGAGAGCACCAAGGAGGUGUACGUGGUGGAGGGGGACCCGCUCUCGCUGGACUGCAACCCCCCGACGGGCUACCCCCGUCCGAACAUCUUCUGGCUCAUCCAGUACAGCAGCGGGGCCCUGAGGAACGUCAACUCCUCCCGCAUCACGGCCGACCCCGAAGGGGACCUGCACUUCUCCAGGGUGGAGCGGGGGGACGCUCUGGCGGAUGCGGUGUACACGUGCAGCGCCACCUCCGUGUUCCGGCGAGAGUACAAGAUCGGCAACAAGAUCCAGCUGCGGGUUGAGCCCGUGUCGAGCGCCGGGAAGGCUGAGCACGCCCCCAUCAAGCAGUACCUGUCGCCGCCCAACCUGGUUGCCCUCAAGGGCCAGGAGCUCAAGCUCUACUGCAUCUUUGGGGGCUCGCCCCUGCCGCAGAUCUCGUGGAGCAAGCGAGGCUCGAGCGCAGCCUCGUCUCGCUUCACCUACACCAACUACGGCAAGACGCUGGAGAUCCGUUCGGUGGGCUUCGAGGACGAGGGCACCUACGAGUGCCAGGCCAACAAUGGCGUGGGCGUGGCCCAGUCGCACGCCAUGAACGUGAAGGUGGAGUCGGCCCCCUACUGGCUGCGCUCCCCCGAGAACACCAACGCGGCCGAGGAGGAGAGCGUCUCCUUCGAGUGCUCGGCCUCAGGCAUUCCGGAGCCCAAGCUGCAGUGGUUCGUCAACGGCGUCCCCCUCCAGAACGCCGAGGCCAACCCCCGCCGCAAGGUGGAAGGCCCCCUGCUGACCCUGGAGAGCCUGACCAAGCGGGACACGGCCGUGUACCAGUGCAAUGCUUCCAACCCACACGGCUACGCCUUCAAGGACUUCUACCUCAACGUCCUCGCGCUGCCCCCCAGCAUCGUGGAGGCCCCCGAGCCCCUGACGCUGGCGGUGGUGACGUCCCGGGCAACCCUGCGGUGCCGGGUGUUUGGGGCCCCCCGGCCCGAGGUGAAGUGGAUGAAGGAGACGCAGGAGCUGACCGGAGGGCGCUACAAGGUGCUGGACAGCGGGGACCUGCAGAUAGACGACCUCCUGGUCACUGACCAGGGGGAGUACACCUGCUACGCCAGCAAUAAGUUUGGCGACGCCUCCGCCUCGGGGGCCCUCGAAGUCAAGGGCAAGACGAAGAUCACGCAGCCGCCGGAGAAUUACGAGGUGGCGGCGGACAAGAGCGCGACGUUUCGGUGCAAUGCGGAGGCGGACCCGAGCCUGGAGCUGCGCAUCAGCUGGCUCUUCAACGGGGAGCUGGUGGACCCGGAUGCGGACGCCCGCAUGGUGCAAGCCAGCGACAACUCCCUCACCAUCACACGCACCAUCGAGCUGGACUCGGGCGUCUACACGUGCCUCGCACAGACGGACCUCGACGGCGACAAGGCACAGGCGACGCUCACCGUGCAAGACGUGCCCAACCCGCCCCAGAUGGUGCGGGUGGAGUGCGACACGCUGAUGGCCCUGGUGGAGUGGAAGCCCACGGGAGACCGGCGGGCCCCGAUCCUGUCCUACUCGAUCCAGUACAACACCUCCUUCAGCCCGGACACCUGGGAGGACGCCUUUGUGAACAUCCCGGCCCCGGACACCAAGUUCAAGGUGUCCAUGAGCCCCUGGGCCAACUACACCUUCCGGGUGGUGGCCCGCAACAAGAUCGGGCCCUCCCUGCCCUCGGGGGCCUCGUCCCGCUGCACGACCCCCGAGGACGUGCCCCACAAGAACCCCGACAAGGUGGUGGGCCGGGGGGACCGCUCCGACAACCUCGUCAUCUCCUGGACGCCGAUGCCGCCGAUAGAGCAGAAUGCUCCGGGCUUCUUCUACAAGGUGUUCUGGAAGAGGAACGACCUGCCCGACGCCGCCUGGAACUCCAAGAUCAUCGACGACUGGAAGCAGAACCGGCACGUGGAAUACGGGCAGCCCACCUUCAAGCCCUACCGCAUCAAGGUGGAGGCGCACAACCGGCGCGGCCAGGCCCACACGGUGGCCAUGGACGUGAUGGGCUGGUCCGGGGAGGACGUCCCGCUCCUGUCCCCGCAGGACUUCAAGUUGGCCAACGUGGUGGAUGCACGCUCCGCAAACUUUUCCUGGAGCCCCGUCAGCCCAGAGUCGGUCAGGGGCCACUUCCGCGGAUAUAAGAUCCAAACGUGGACGCCAGAGGAGGGUGAGGAGAAGCUGAGGGAGGUGGUGGUGCCGGCCAACGUGACGACGGCCCUGGUGACGCUCUUCAAGCCGUACUCGCGCAACCUGGUGCACGCCCUCGUCUUCAACGACAUGUACAAUGGGCCCCCGUCGGACAGCAUUGAGUUCAGCACGCCCGAAGGCACACCCGGGCCGGUGGCAUCUUUCGAGGGCAUUCCCAUGGGCUCGACCGGAGUCUACCUGCUCUGGAAGAAGCCACUGGAAUCCAACGGCAUCCUCACGGGCUACCACAUCUACUACGAGGAGGUGCGUGGGACCCAGCUGGGCCCCAAGAUGGAGCGUCAGCCCCCCGUCAGGGACCCCCUGGAGUCGAGGGCCAAGCUGGCGGGGCUCAAGCCCAACACCAAGUACCGCAUCACCCUCCAGGCGGCCACCCGCCAGGGUCAGGGGGACCCCUACUUCAUCGAGCUGUCCACCGCAGACGAGUCGGAGAGGGUGCCCGACAUUCCGGACUUCCUGUGGACCUACCUGCCAGACCACGACGGCCACGCGGCCGUGCAGGUGACCUGGCUGCCCGCAGUCACUGGCCACCCAGGCAGCCACUUCUACGUCCAGUACCGCAGGAAAGGGGACGAGACGUGGGAGACGACGAUGAUGGAGAAGAACGAGGACACGAUCCUUGUGAAAGGCCUGGAGACCGGCGCCAUCUACGAGAUGCGGGUGAUUGCGGUGGACGGAAAGCACCAGAAGCCCUCUCGCAUCGAGGAGGUCGAGACCGGGGGACUGGCGAUCCGUGCCCCGGGCAGCCCCGACCAGGUGGCGGGGGCGGCCUGGUUCAUCGGCAUGAUGUGUGCCCUGGCCCUGCUGCUGCUGCUCCUGAUCCUGGUGUGCCUGGUCAAGCGCAACCGGGGAGGGAAGUACUCGGUGCACGACAAGGAGGUGGCCCAGGGCAGGGACCUCGACUUCCAGGACGACGGGGGCUUCCACGAGUACUCCAAGCCGGCGCAGCAGGCGGCGCCUGUCCGCGGCAGCCGCACGUCUCUGCACUCGAGCGCCAAGGAGAGCGACACGGACAGCAUGGCGGAGUACGGGGAGGGGGACCCCAACCAGUUUGCCGAGGACGGGUCCUUCAUCGGCCAGUACGGGGCCAAGAAGAAGCAGCGGCCCCCCGAGGCCACCUCCCCCUCCGCCCUCGCCACCUUCGUCUGAGAGCCGUCCAACUCUCGACGCUCUCGCACGUCGGGGGCCCGUCCCGCGCUUGCCCCGACUCGGAGGCUCUGCGGGCCUCGGCGAUGCGUGCAACUCGGGUUGCCCGCCACCCACUGCUCGAGUUACCUGCAACUUGGGUUUUGUUCGUCCUGAGUUGCGCGCGACUUGAGUUGCUUGCGGCUUAGGUCUGCCCCCAACCGUCCCAAGAUGCAGAGGUACCGGUGCGAGUUGCUGGCAUGCUUGGGUUUUCUACGACUCGACUUGCGCGACUUGAGUUGCUUGCAGCUUACGACGUUUGCCCACAUUCGUCCCAAGAUGCGGAGGCACCGGUGCGAGUUGCCGGCAUGUUUGGAUGCCCCGCUAUGCAGCUUUGGCUCCGGUCUCGGACGGCACUGCCGCUGUCGUUGCUGCGACGGCACCACCUAUACUCAGUGACUCUCUCGGGUCGUCACAAAUUCUUAAUCCGCGCAAAGUCCCAGCUAGCACUGCCGGAAACAUCUGCGAGGGCAGGGGAAAGACACGUGCUGCGUUCCACCAGUCCUUGAGUAACCCUUGAAGCCGAAUUUGUUGAGAUAAAAUUCGUACGAAAUCGUUGCUUCUGUUGCUCGAAAGGUUUGGCUCUUUGCUGGAAUGUUUGUCACAAGUGGGGUCUAGUUUUAAAGAAGGCACAGGAGGAAGGGGUUAGCUCCGGUGAGAGUUCUUGUGUCGGAAACGUUUGCACCCACAAGGCACUCUUCCCGAGCUGUUCUUGCGCCUUUACCGCUGCUGACUGGAAAAUUUAAGAUUCACUAAGUGGCGAUUGGUUAGCCCAUCAUGUUUUGAAUUAAUUGCCGGAAAGGGCUGAAAGCUCCUACGGUGCCUAAGUACCGCUAGUUGGGAUUGGUGGCUCCGGUGUGUCUUUUGCCACCUGAGGAGGGGGGCCCAUUGUGGGUAGGUGGUGCUGGGUGCCCCGUAUUUGCUGCCUCAGGCAGUGCAACACCUUUUCAAUCUUGCCCUAGGGGUCGUUAAAAAUCUCGGCGUAGACGCAUUGACAAGUUGCGAGAAUUUAUGGAGUACUUGGGCACCAGUGAUGACACACUCUGCAGGAGGCAGAGCACAAAAGUGUAGAAAUGGGGCGAGUUGAAAGGUGCGGUGUUGGCCUAAAGGACUAAUAGCAACCCCACUGCAAGCCAGCCAGUGCUCUUUGUGAAACCAUUGCUGUCGCUUAGUCAUUUUCAUUGGCGCGUAACGUCGACGGACAACUAGACGACGGAUCCUCCCUUUAACCACUGUGAUGUCGGUGGUUUGUCCUUCUUUCCAGAGGCACCGUAACUGCGUUGCCUGUCCAGUGCCGCUCGCAAGGGGUAGCGGACGGCGUGGGAAAACGUCUGUUAAGGUGCUCCGAACCUUGCUAGUGGGGAGCGACAAAAUGCGCAGCUCCUGCGUCAAAAAGUGUUCUUCAUUUCGCCCGCGUUCGUUUUCUUCGGGGCACCUUUCCUUGCACCGUCCGGUGCUUUCUUGAAAGCCACCUAGUUGCCAUCGUGGCGCACAUUCCAGCGUUCCAUCGAGAUGCUCGCAAAGGGCAAGUCUGGCCAUCAAAUCCAUACCUUAAAGAGGAAGCUCUAAUUCGGCAAUCGAGCCACUCUGUCUUUGGCCGAAACAUGAAGGCUCAAAAAGUGUCACUGGAGAUGGCUGUUUUUAAGCGUCCCGCUUGCGACAUCUUGUCAUUCUUUUGUGCACAGCCGAGGCACCUUGGGAAGCCGCGGGAUGGCUUUCGGAUUUUAUUCACCCUGACACGUAGAACUCGGUCCCCCGAGGAGGGUCUGAACACCCUCCUGACCAGACCUGGGUUCGGUGCUUUUACAGCCUGUGCAAAGCUGUAAAAGCACUGAACCCAAGGUUGAAAACCCUUCUGGGUUCUUGGGGGUUGUCAAAGAACUCAAUUCCAUAGUUGAGGUGUUUUUUUUAUUAGUGGGGUCAAAUCCAGAAUCGGGGUUUUUUUUUCUUUAGAAAGGAAAUGAAGGUUUAGGCCCGACCUACCCUUUUCGGAUACGCCGCUGCCCGCAACGUGGCGGCUCGUGGACAUUCUUUGGCUUGUACAUACCAUAUGCUUGAGUAGUUCUUCCGAACGCUUGCGUGCUAUUUUCCGUCUCGUUUGUGCCGCGUUUCUGUGUGUCCCCUGACGACGAAAGAAACCACUCCCGCGAAAGAAGAGGCCCGUACUGCCUGUUAUUGCCUUUGUCGCCGAGGAGGAGGAGGCUGCUAUGACAUGGUUGUGUGGAGAUACACGCGGGCGACAGCCCUCGCGUAGAAGUGCAGCACAAGUGCGUGGGCCGCUUUCGCCCGACCCCGAGUGCAAUGUCUCGUAGACCGCAACAUUCCUUUUGCUUCGCUGCCGUCGCAGCCGCUGUGCCCCGUGAGGACGUUCUAGCGUGUGGGAGCUCGCUGGCCUACCUUUUGUGCUUAGACUAGGGUCUGCCUUUGAACUUGGGGGGGGGGAGUGCACCAACUAAGCGUACAUUGCUGCGUAGAUUGAUUCACACGAGAGUCUGAGAUUGCUCUUCGCAGCUAAGGUGGUUUUGCCUAGCAAUCUUUGGCAGGCCGUUUUUGCUUGCACCGGGACUGUACUUCGUCUCACGACAAGGAGAGUCGAGGGAGCAGUGCGCGUCUUGCCGGGACUUGUUUCAUCGGUAUCUGUUGUGUGUGCGCAGCUGUGGGGACCCUCCUUGCUUCAUAUUUGAAGUUCUGUCACUGCCCGAUAAUUUAUGUCUUUUUACGUUCGCAUUUACUUCAUGGUUUAGACGGGGGCAAGUGUCGCCCCGGCGUGUGAUGUAUGCGGAGCGCGAGAUUUUGUUUUGCCGACUGCUGUUUUAAUUUGUCGCGUGUGCGGCGUGCCAUGUUUAGUUGGGCGCACGAAUCUCGUCAUGUCUCACCCGACAUGAACCUAGCGUAGGGUGUUCUUAGUACCCUGUGUGGUUGGCAGCGUGUCUUCGGCCAGACCUUUUAUGUUUCGUACAACUGCCCUCUUGGUUGCAACUAUGAUGGCAGGGCGUGAAGCACAACGUCAUUUUUUUAGAACAAAAAACGAAAAUGAGGAUAGAUGUUUAGUUGUUGGCCUCCCAGCUGUACAUGAGUUGAUUUAUAUUUUCCCAGUAUUUCUAGGGCAAAGAUAUUUGAGGAGCUGCCGGUGUGAACCUGUGCUGUGUUAUUUUUGUGGAAGAAUAAAGAAGCUGGCCUUACAUCGUA